AACAUACACACUAGCUUGUUGAAUAAAUAAAAAGAUGGAAGAAAAAUGGAUGGGUAAUAUAAUUUUGAAAUGGCAAAAUCAUGGAAUAUGCUAAAACCUCCCAAGAGGUCACCACUCCACUCCCUUCCUUUUACUCUGUUUUCUUUAUCUUUCUUCCUAAGCUUCCUUCCUUACUUGUUUCAAAAAGAAAAUUCCUGUGAGCACAAAAAUAAUCCGGCCUGAUGAAAAAGAGAAAGAAUUAAAGUAGAAAACCAAUUAGUAAAAGCAACCAAAAGCUCUUAACUCUUGAAUCAAUCAAACAUAAACUUUCUUUCUCUCUCCAACUCACACUCGUCCCAACCGAAUGGGUCGUCUCCUCGCCGUCGCCUGUCUUUCUCUUCUCCUCUCUACGUGCUGGUUCUUCUCUGAAGUGCAGUCAACGACGUUCAAGAUAGUGAACAAGUGCCGGCAAACAGUGUGGCCUGGAAUUCUGACGGGCGCCAACCGUGCAAUAUUAUACCCGACGGGAUUUAAGCUCAAGAGCGGCAAAUCCAAGACUCUUUCGGUGCCCAGAUCGUGGUCGGGUCGGGUAUGGGGGCGAACCCUCUGUUCUAAUGAUUCUUCGGGUAAGUUCAGCUGCGUCACCGGCGAUUGCGGCUCCGGGAAGGUACAGUGUGCCGGUAGUGGGGCUAUACCCCCAGCCACCUUGGCUGAGUUCACUCUUAAUGGUGACCAGGGCCUCGACUUCUAUGACGUCAGCCUGGUGGACGGCUACAACCUCCCGAUGCUGAUUGUGGCCAAGGGCGGCAAGAGCGGAGGCUGCGCCUCCACCGGUUGCUUAGUGGACUUGAACGCUGCGUGCCCUUCGGACUUGAGGGUGGCGCGUGGCAGCCAGGGUGUGGCCUGUAAAAGCGCGUGCUUGGCAUUCAACCAGCCCAUAUACUGCUGCAGCGAAGCGUACGCGACGCCGGACACUUGUCACCCCUCCACGUACUCGCUCUUCUUCAAGCAUGCCUGCCCGCGAUCUUACAGCUAUGCCUACGACGACCACACUAGCACCUUCACCUGCGCCGGCGCCGAUUACUUGAUCAUGUUCUGUCCGCCACCUUAUACUAGCCAGAAAGUGCUCUCAGCACGGAAGCAGGCCGCUGACUUGCCAUUAGUUAAUGAAACUAUGUUAUACCUUGGAAGGCGCCAUUGAAGUGGUUGAUUUUAGAAACCGCAAUUGAAGGAAAGACGAGGGAAUUGAAUGCUGUCUGGUUCCUUGUUGUGGCCAAGCUAGCUAGCUUUCUGGAUAUCCUGGUAAAACGAUUUCUGUACAUUUUACAUUACAGCCUACAGGGAUGAUCUAUUGGACACUGGUACAUGAAGAAUUUCCUUUUGAAAGGGAGUUAACCAAUUUUGGUUGGAUAGAUCGAUCGAUCUUAGGAUAGAACAACGACAUUUGUCAUUACUGGAUUAUAUUAUAUGCAUUCUCAGUUUUUAGCUGCGCUGUUGGUUGCUCUGUGUAUGGCAUAUAAUAUCUGGUGCAACAAAUCUUGUAAAGUUGGCAAAUGUUAUAUUAAUUACUACAUGUUUACAUCAUCA